AUGUUCUCCACUACGACAAACGGCUGGUCGGUUCUGACCGGCCUCCUGGCUCUAUCUUCUACGGCAUCUGCCUCUACCACUUCUCAAGCAAACUGUCGAUGCUUCCCUGGAGAAGCAUGCUGGCCCUCCCCCCAGGUCUGGUCCGCUUUCAACCAGACAAUUGACGGCCGACUGGUUGCUACGAUCCCGCUAGGCACUCCCUGCCAUGCGCCCAACUAUGAUGCUGCCACAUGCGAGGCUCUGAAGGCACAUUGGCAGAUGCCUGAGCUGCACUAUGAAUCCUCCUCGUCGAUCAUGGCCCCAUUCUUCACCGAUGGCACCUGCGACCCAUUCCACCCCGUCUCCCAGCCCUGCACGCUGGGCAACUAUGUUGUCUACGCGGUCAACGUGAGCAAGCCCGAGCACAUCUCCAAGACGAUGCAGUUUGCCACCAAGAACAACAUCCGCGUGGUCGUGCGCAACACCGGCCACGAUUACAACGGCAAGUCCACCGGUGCAGGGGCCCUGGGGAUCUGGACGCAUCACCUCAAGGACAUUCAGUUCAAGGACUGGUCCGACAAGCACUACAAGGGCAAGGCCAUCAAGAUGGGUGCCGGCGUGCAGGGCAUCGAGGCGUACCAGGCCGCCGAUGCGCAAGGUCUCGAGGUAGUCGGCGGCGAGUGUCCGACCGUUGGUCUGGCCGGCGGCUACACCCAAGGCGGCGGGCACUCGGCGCUGGCCUCGCGGCACGGACUGGCAGCCGACCAGGUCCUCGAGUGGGAGGUGAUUGACGGGCAGGGCAACUUCAUCGUGGCCAACCGCGACAACAAGUACGCGGACCUGUACUGGGCGCUGAGCGGCGGCGGCGGCGGCACCUACGGCGUGGUCUGGUCGAUGACGUCCAAGGCGCACCCGGCGACGCCGGUGUCGGGGCUGAGCUUGAGCUUUACCAGCGACGGCAUCUCGCAGGAUACGUUCUAUGAGGCGGUUGCGCUGUACCACGCGACGCUGCCGGCGAUCGUCGACGCCGGCGCCAUGAGCGUUUGGUAUUUUACCAACACCAGCUUCUACAUCUCGCCGCUGACCGCGCCCAACAUCCCCGUGGCCCAGCUCCAGGCGCUAGUCAAGCCCUUCACCGACGGGCUGACCCGGCUGGGGAUCGACUUUAUCACCUACUCGGCGCAGUUCGACAGCUACCUGGCUGAAUUUGAGGGGAUGCAGGGCGCCAUCGAGGUCGGCAUCGCGCAGUACGGCGGCUGGCUGAUCCCGCGCUCGGUUGUGCAGACCAACAACGCCAACCUCACCGCCGCGUACCGGGCCAUCACGUCCGACGGCGCCACCUUCAUCGGCGUGGGGGUCAACGUCUCCCCGGCGGUGGCCGGCGAUGUCUACAACGCGGUGCUGCCCGCCUGGCGCGAGACGCUGAUCGACACCAUCAUCACGACGCCGUGGGACUGGACCGCUCCGACGGCCGACAUGAUCGCGCUGCAGCGCAAGAUGACCGACGAGUACAUUCCUCGCCUGGAGGCGGUGGCACCGAACUCGGGGGCGUAUCUCAACGAGGCCGAUUUCCGGCAGCCCAAUUUCCAGACGGCGUUUUAUGGUAAAAACUACCAGAAGCUGCGGGCCAUCAAGGCCAAGUAUGAUCCGAAUAGCAUGUUCUAUGGGACUACGGCUGUGGGGUCGGACGAGUGGACCGUCACGUCGGAUGGACACUUGUGCAAGAGCAAGUAA